AUGGCGGACGUCGAGGGACAAGGAAUUUGUUCAUCGGUCCCUCCGUUGCCUCACCCUUCCUCCCGGAACGGCUCCGGUGGCGGUAACACUACGCCGGGCACCGGCGGCGGCUGCCAGAUGGCAACCACCGUUACUUCAGGCCCACGGCUUGUUCGGAUAGUGAAGUCUGACUCGGGCUAUGGUUUCAAUGUUCGGGGACAAGUCAGUGAAGGAGGGCAACUACGGAGCAUUAACGGGGAACUGUACGCUCCACUGCAGCAUGUUAGUGCUGUUCUACCGGGAGGUGCCGCCGACAGAGCCGGUAUUUCGAAGGGGGACAGGAUUCUUGAGGUUAAUGGAGUGAAUGUAGAGGGAGCGACCCAUAAACAGGUGGUGGACCUGAUCAGGGCUGGGGAGAGGGAGCUUGUGUUGGCCGUGCUACCCGUCCCACCCCAGGAGGCCGACUGCUUAGAUCCCGGGGACGAUGGUUCAGCUCAGUCCUGCUACGACUACUCCGACAAGCAGGCUGUCCCCAUCUCUGUGCCUAGCUACAAGCACACUGAGCUCAACCAGGAAAAGUUUGUGGUAUAUAAUGUGUACAUGGCAGGCAGGCAGCUGUGCUCCAAGCGUUACCGGGAGUUUGUGAUCCUACACCAAAACCUUAAGCGGGAGUUUGCCAACUAUACAUUCCCCAAGCUGCCGGGGAAAUGGCCUUUUUCCCUGUCAGAGCAGCAACUGGAUGCACGACGCAGAGGCUUGGAAGAAUACUUGGAGAAAGUGUGCUCUGUACGGGUCAUUGGAGAAAGUGACAUCAUGCAGGAGUUUCUGUCUGAAUCAGAUGAGAACUAUAAUGGCGUGUCGGAUGUGGAGUUGAGAAUAGCCAUGCCCGAUAAAACCACGCUCACUGUCAGAGUUCGCAAAAACUCUACCACAGACCAGGUGUACCAGGCUGUGGUAAUGAAACUAGGGAUGGACAGUGUAACUGCCAGCUACUUUGCCCUGUUUGAGGUCAUCAACCACACCUUCGUGCGUAAGCUUGCCCCGAACGAGUUCCCCCACAAACUGUAUGUACAGAACUAUACCUCAGCCAUCCCAGGAACCUGCCUCACCCUGCGCAAGUGGCUCUUUACCACAGAAGAAGAGAUUCUGCUCAAUGACAACCAGCUUGCUGUCAACUACUUUUUUCACCAGGCUGUGGAUGAUGUGAAGAAAGGCUUCAUCAAAGCAGAGCAGAAGUCCUAUCAGCUGCAAAAGCUGGCAGAACAGAAGAAGAUGUCUAUGUAUCUGAGUUUGUUGAGGGGUUGCGAGGGCUACAAUGAGAUCAUAUUCCCCCACUGUUCCUGUGACUCCCGACGUAAAGGCCACGUCAUCACAGCCAUCAGCAUCCACCACUUCAAGCUGCAUGCCUGCACAGAGGAAGGGACACUCGAGAACCAAGUGAUUGCAUUUGACUGGGGGGAGAUGCAGAGGUGGGACACAGAUGAAGAGGGCAUGGCCUUCUGCUUUGAAUAUGCACGGGGAGAGAAGAAGCCACGCUGGGUCAAGAUAUUUACACCAUAUUUUAACUACAUGCAUGAGUGCUUCGAGAGAGUCUUCUGUGAGUUGAAGUGGAGGAAGGAGGUGGAAGAGGAGGCUACAGACAAGGACAAUAAGAACUGCAGUAAAGAUGGUAUGUGUGGCAAGAAUAUUUUCCAGCUGCUGAGGCACAGAAGGGAUGGAGGCACCUAGGAAGGGAGAUUGUUACCUCUUAACUACAUACCGUCGUCAUCGACUCAGCUCAGUUUUGGCCCUCAUCCAGCCCCACACCAAGCAACACUCGGCUAUUAACUACGCGGCCAUCAUUUACACUCCGUCAACUACAACCUGAGAAACUACCCAUGAUCCAUGCACUCAAAACGAACAUCUGCAAAUGAACCAAUCCAAUAAACAGAAUCAUAAAAAGCUACAGACACAUGAACCAGGAACUCUUGAAUCUAGCACAUCAUAAUCAUGCAUUUAGACAGAGCACUGUCAAAAAGAAAUGAGGCGUCUACAGACGUGGAUCCACAGAUUCAUGCAAGCCUCUCUUUCUUAUUGGCAGGGACUUGAGGUGGAUUGUGACAUGCAAAUAAGGAGCUUUGAAGCCUCCUCUGAAGUAGUCCUCCUUGUACAAGAAGUGGAAUUGAAUAAGAAAUUCACAGUGGACUAACAAGGGAAGUGAAAGCUGUUAGUGCUGGUACAGUGGAACACAGAUAGCACUGAUCAGCAAUAUUGAGGGUUGACCACAGGGAGACACUUAGCUUCUCAGUUUACAGAUUAGAGUAGCAGUGUCUUCUUUAGCUAUGCGUGUAGGGUGCCCUAGAAAGCUAAGGGCCAACCAAAGUGAGGCCCUCUGAAUGUAAGUCAUAGCUGAAUCAUGUCACAUACUAAAUUUCCAUCCUUUUGGCGCUAAAUCUGCAUUUAUAAAAGAAAACUCUUAACAUUGUAAUGUGGCAUAAGAGGAAGGGAGAGAAGAGAGAGAGAAAGCAGACAUUUUGUAGGACUGUUACACACAUUUUUCUUUAGAGAUUUGGGUGAACAUAGCAGACAGCUGUGAUGGUUUGACACAUGAGCAGGAACAUGUUAAACUUUAGAUUAAUGUUGCACUUUAUCCAAAAGUAUUAGCAACCUCCAGAUGUAGGAAAUGUAACCUAAGAGGCAGGUAGUGGACAUAAUAAUGGAAUAAGUGUUAUCCUAAUUAAGUUGGCAUUCAUUUUUGACUGACUACAGUAUGAUAAUGCACUGCACCAUCAAAUGGUGUGUGCAGUGUGCAGAGCCAUGCAUCAAACUUUGAUGUAUGAAUAAACAUUAGGUUAACUCUCCAUGCAAAUGUUUUGAGACACUGUAGGGCAGCAGUGAUGUGGAGCACUGACCAGUAAGGUGGCAGUGUACACUAUGUUUAGUGUGUAUUACCACAACAAAACAGCAGGGGUCCUCCUCUUCCUACCUGCUUUUCUGGCUGGACAUGAUUGCUUUGUUUCUGAGAGCUCCCAUAGGAUUUAUAAUAGGCCUGUAAUUCAAAUGGCCUUUCCAACCAGCACUAUUUAUCUCUGUAGCUGGUGCGUUCCUGUACUGUUAAACCACUCAUGCACUCCAGAUUCUAUUUCUGUGCAGGAAGAGCAGCUUGCAUUCUCCAUCAACGUGAUAAAUAUGAAGAUCACUGCACAGGUUCACUAAAGGCUUGGUAGCCACUGAUCACCUAGCUGCAGUGUAACGUAAUGAACUUUCCCUCUAAAUAAGCCCACUUAAUGUAAUUCUUAGAAUUAAAUUAAAUUAAUGGGCCCUCCUAUUAAGGUUGGGUCAUGUGGUUGAAAUCAUUAUCAUUAUGUUAAUAAGGAUAUGUCCCAAAAUCAAUAAGCUGUGUAUCAUAUCGUUAAUUUAUGCAAAAUCACAUGUAAAAUCAUCAAAUUGAUGGGCAAAGCAAAGACCUUUGUUCUACUGCUAUACAUUACAUGAGACCAAACUUCAUAUGUGCAAAACAAAAACCUCACAAACUAAUUUUCUAGGUAAUUUUUAAUAGAAACUUGCUCUGAGUCAUUAAGUUGAUCAACAGAAAUUUGUAAAAUGAUAAGGUUAUGUGAUCACGAUAUGAAGCCACUGAAUGUCAAUAAAUGAUAAUCAAUCACCACCCAGCCCUAACUCCUAUUUGGCUCGUAAAGAGAAUAUUAACAGUAUUUUUGUUAUCUGCCAGUAAAGAGUCGUAGAUUGACAUCAGUGGCUCUUACUAAGCGAGCUUGUUACGAUGAUGGUGCUGUUCUAAAAAGCCAUGUUGGGUGAUUAAUGAGCCCCAGCAGAUCUGGGUGGGUGUAUAAAAGAGGUUUAAUUGAGAGACUGUGUGCAAUCCUAAAGGCCAAACAUAUUUCCCAGGAUUCUUGUCUGUUUACUGAGCCAUUUCUGAAGCAGUCAUUUGUCUGACAUCGUCUUAUCUGCCCACCUUCAAGUGUGUGCUCUCUUUGGCUCACCUCUCUCACCUUCUCUCUCUCAUUCUGACUAAAGUCAGGAGUCACUUGCAUUAUUUAUAUUAGUAAGAUACAAUUUUAAAUUCAGCAUCUCUGUGUUUUAGUUUUUCAUCUGAUAUGGACAGGCUUUCAAAGAGUCACGCUCAGAAGAAGAGAGAGAUUGACAACCUGCAGGUUAUUUUGACAUGUUGAAAUGUAAAAUUUAAGACAAAGUGUUUGGUUACGUUGCUUACUGUAAUAAAUUGUAACAUAUUCUUUUAA